UUAUAUAUAUAUAUAUAUAUAGUUUCUUAGGCUUUUAGAUAAGCUGGAAAUUAAGAUGGGAAGAAUCCCAUGUUGUGAGAAAGACAACGUGAAGAGAGGCCAAUGGACACCUGAAGAAGAUAACAAGCUCUCUUCUUACAUAGCUCAGCAUGGCACUCGCAAUUGGCGUCUCAUCCCUAAGAAUGCUGGUUUGCAGAGAUGUGGGAAGAGCUGCCGUCUCCGGUGGACAAACUACCUCCGGCCAGACCUCAAACAUGGCGAGUUCACCGAUGCUGAAGAGCAAACCAUUGUCAAGCUUCACUCUGUCGUCGGAAACAGGUGGUCUUUAAUAGCAGCUCAAUUGCCAGGGCGUACUGAUAAUGAUGUCAAGAAUCACUGGAACACUAAACUGAAGAAGAAGCUCUCUGGAAUGGGGAUUGAUCCUGUUACUCAUAAGCCUUUUUCUCACCUUAUGGCAGAGAUUGCCACAACACUGGCUCCACCUCAGGUUGCUCAUCUUGCUGAGGCUGCUCUUGGUUGUUUCAAGGAUGAAAUGCUUCAUUUACUUACAAAGAAACGUGUUGAUCCUUUCUCCGGCAUGCCGCAAGUCACCGGAAACAAUGGCGUUGGUUAUGCUUCUGUGUCUGGUAAUGAUAAGGAGGAAACCAUUGAGAAGAUUAAGCUUGGUUUGUCUAGAGCUAUCAUGCAAGAAGGUAAUGGAGAUCAUCAUGUUGUUAAUAAUGGAAAGUCAUGGGCAUUGGUGGGUUCACAUGGAGAAGCAUCAGUGAUGCAUGAUGUUUAUGAUCCUAUGCUUAGUGGUGAUCAUGGAUUUCGAUACGAUGCGCCGGCUUAUGGGAACGAUGUCGGUGAGGCUUCGGCGUGGAGCCAGAGUUUGUGUACUGGUAGUACAUGCACUGGUGGUGUUGGUGAGCAGCAAGCUGGAGUUAUUGUGGAGAAGGAGGUGGAGGUGGAGAUGGAGGAGGAGGAUGGGGAGGAGGCUGAAGGGAGGAAGAUUAAUGGAAGGAAGGGAGAUGAAGGAGGAAUGUUUGCAAGUGAUUGUGUUUUGUGGGACUUGCCUGAUGAUCUUAUGAGUCCUAUGGUUUGAAUUCAUAUAAGAUAUGUAUUUGUAUUUGGAGUUAAAUGAUAUAAGAAGAAGAAUAA